AGUUGAUAACAAACUUGGACUCUUAUCGUUCAAAUCACGCCUUCGUAUACAGCUUUUAUAACAACUAUUCCUGUUUUCUUUAAUAAAACGUUCUUUAACAGCAGUUUAAAGAUGUUCUCUACUAAGGAUUAUGGGGGAGACUCAAGGAAUGCUACCCCAAGGAUAUACCAUGUGAUUCUUAUUCUCAUAUUUCAAACAUCGGGAGUGUAUGGAGCUUGCUACCAGAAAUUACAAAGUGGUGGUCUAUCGUGUCAGGAGAAAGAUAGCAUCGUCACCCUUCACAACACUCUGCGCCAAAGAGUAGCUCGGGGAUCAGUUAGUGGUCAACCGCCUGCUGCUAAUAUGCUCGAAAUGGCUUGGGAUGAAGAGCUAGCAAGGAAAGCACAGUCUUGGGCUGAUUCCUGUCCCGCUGGUCAUGAUUCCAACUAUGCAAGAAGAGUCGGCAGAUUUCACGUGGGGCAGAACAUUGCCAAGACGUGGUCCUCUUCAGGUCGGAGCUACGCAGAAUCCCCCAACUUCAGUUCGCAAAUCAACGCCUGGUUCAGCGAAGUCUAUCACUACUCGUUCGGCAGAGGGGGAGCUGGACAUUACUCACAGAUGGUGUGGGGUGAUUCACAUCUUGUUGGUUGUGGCUAUACGCAAUACAUAGAUGGAACUAGGAACACCAAGAUGUAUGUCUGCAACUACGGACCUGGAGGAAAUGUUGUUGGUAAAUCACCAUACAGACCAGGACCUCAAUCUUGCGCCCAAAUAGGUGCCACACCUUCCAGAAAAUACAGUGGAUUAUGUGAACUACCAGGUACAUCGUCAAGCUCAUGCUAUUCAUCAGGUGGAUCGGCUGGUUAUGGAGGCUAUUCAGGAUAUUCUAGUGGUUAUUCAGGCUAUUCAGGAUACAGCAACUACUAUGGAGGAUACAGAAAUAGAUACGGAAGAAAGAGAAGGCGAUAGAUGCUUGCUUUAGCCUGACAAAGAUGGAAAUACCACUUCAUCAGCAUAAUGUGUUGCGAGAAAGUAUUUCAAACGUAGCGGAGGAUUCCUUCAAUCUAACGUUGAGAAUCAAUAUACUGGUAAUUACAAUGAUCAGUCCAUCGAUAAUUUUCGCUGAUAGAACGGCUUCUUGUCAGCUAUUGUAUUUUUCAUAUCUUUGAAAAAUGAUCAGAAAUUAUUAUUUCUGCAACGUAUGCACUUUGCAUCUAGGUUACUAGAAAUGAAAUAAGAUAGUGACGAUAGUAAGAUUUGUGCAAACGUUCAUUCAGAAAAGAGAUUAUGCUUUCAACAAUUAUUUUUUGUAUCAUGAAAAAUUAGCGAAUAACAUACUAUAAAAUUAGUACUAGGUGCUCAAUUGAAUACGUUUUUGUUCAACGUUCAGUACUUUUUUAUCCAUUUUCUUGUACGGUACUAGUUCAUUGAAUUGCCCUUUACUAACAAACACCUCAACGCCUCAAUGCCUCGUGGAUACGAUUUUCACACAAAUUGGAAGCAAGCAUAGAGCUAUUGAGAUUGUAUAGUAUGGAAUGGAUAAAAAACUCAAGCUUUGUAUUUGAAGCGAAUGGGUAGGCACUUGAUAAUCUAUUCACUGAAGAGAUUGAUUAUUUUUUAAAUAUUACACGAGAGACCCAAAAAGUUCUAAAUUCCGGUGAUACUUUGGACUUUAAGAAAUCAUAGAGAAUUACUAGGUGCAAAUCAGUUUAUAGAGAAGCAGACUUUUCCAAUUUUUUUAUCAAACCAGUGCUGUUUUUGUAACAAUAAAUAUUCCGGUACGCAAAGUUUCGUGGAAGGGGGGGUUGGUGUCUGGAGGUAUUCAGAAGGGGAUCUACCCCGCGAGAACUUUUCAGAUUUAGUUUAAAAAAUUGUUUUAGAGCUAUUUGGGAGCAGGACAAAUUUAAAGGGUUAAGAAUUCCGAAGGAAUAAAUCAAAACUUCUUUUAUUUUUUGUCCAGAGAGGCGCUGGUAUGGCGUACCGGCACGGUAUGUGACGGUACCUAUGUCACAAAAACAGGUCUUCUUAAAACCAUAGAGAAAAGAUUGCAUUGUGCUAUCUUUUGAACUGUUGGAACUCUAUGAAAAUUCAUUCUUUCUAUUAUUUAAGAAACAAUAAUAAUUAUCUAUCGUAAAAAUAAACUAAUUACAUGCAUUCGGUUUCAUUAAUGAGGAAGAACCUUAUGCACAGCGUUGUUCAAGUUAUGAAACACAGCGAACUUUUUUUUUUUAAUGUAUUGAUUUAACCAUAAAUUUAAUUAUAAUAAUUCAACUAGUUAUUUAGUUAUUGCAUAAUAAACACAUUCUCUAGCCAUGUGUAAGUAAGUUCCUACAAGAGCAGAUUAAGUUCUUCCAUGAGUAUUAGUAGUUUUAACGUUUAAUUUAUGUGAUUUAGUGGAUAAUUGAGAUAAAUGAUUGCUUAAAAUAAUUUGUAAUUAGUUAUGGUAAUAUAAGUAGGUUACAUGACUACAUAAUUUAUGUAAUUACUCUAAUAACAAAUGUAGUAAGAGAGUUUUGUAAAUAAUAUAACGUUGACUUCUGUAAGAUUAUUCAACUGUCUUUAGUAGAACAAUAUUAUUAUUAAGUUUUAGUAAAAGGAACAUUUAUUUUCAUUCGAUAUGUAAUUAUGUACCUAGCUGCCAAUCAUUUUAUAGGAAUUAUAAUAAUAAAAUUUAUAAUAAAUUAUUUAGUUUUAAU